CAGUAUUCACUUACUACUUUUGUUCUUACAGAUUCUGGUACUGAGCAGUAUUUGGGUGGUCUUUAUUAUAGAUAUUUACUUAUCUUUAUCGCGCUAAUAUCACAUGAUUGUGAAUCAAUAAUGAAGAUUCACAAGUACAAAAUUAUGCUUGCAUAAUCAAUGUAUAGAUCAUCAAUGGAAAAUCCAUUAAUAAUAAUAAUAAUCCUUAUUAGAUAAGCAUGAAACAUGUACCAUUGAAGAUUUUGAGGUUAAUUAAUGGUUUUAUUAAAAAUGUGUAUUAAAUAGUGAGUAAUAUUAUUAAAUAAUUAAUUGAUUAACUAAAUGGGUAGAUCAAGAAGAUUCUGAUUACGAUAAUAAAUAAGUAGUGAUAAGUUCUUUUAACUAUAAAUAUCAGUAACGAAAGUACAAGUUAAUCCACGACCCAAACAACGAACUUGCCAUGAAACUGCAAAAUGUAAAUACUUAGUCAUAAAUAGAUGGAUAUUUAAUUUAUUCAAACGAUACAAUAAUGUUUUAUAAUCGUUGCACUUAUUAACCUACACCAUGCCUGGAAAGAUUAAAGUCAAGGUAUUGGCGGGUCGUAACUUACCUGUAAUGGAUCGUUCAGGUGAUACAACGGAUGCAUAUGUUGAACUAAAAUUUGGAAAUGUAACAUAUAAGACAGAUGUAUGUAGAAAAUCUUUAAACCCUCAAUGGAAUUCCGAAUGGUAUAAAUUUGAAGUGGACGAUGCUGAAUUACAAGAUGAACCUUUACAAAUUAGAUUAAUGGAUCAUGAUACUUACUCUGCUAAUGAUGCAAUUGGCAAAGUUUAUAUUAAUUUAAAUCCAUUAUUAUUGCCGGGUAUAACACCUUUAAUUAAAAAUGUUUGGACUUUGGAAGCAUCUUUGAGCUGCAGUGCUGGUUCUCAAGGCUCUGUUAUGACAGGAUGGUUACCAGUUUAUGAUACAAUGCAUGGUAUUCGUGGUGAAGUAAACAUUAUUGUUAAAGUGGAAUUAUUCUUAGAUUUUAAUAAGUUUAGGCAGUCAUCGUGCGGUGUACAAUUUUUCUAUUCACCAAAUAUACCAUAUGGAUAUCAUGCCCAAGUGAUACAUGGUUUUGUUGAAGAAUUAAUAGUGAGCGAUGAUCCAGAAUACAAAUGGAUCGAUAAAAUAAGAACACCUAGAGCAUCAAAUGAAGCACGUCAAACAUUGUUUUUUAAAUUAAGUGGAGAAGUACAAAGAAAGAUAGGUCUAAAAGCAUUAGAUUUGGGUGGAAAUGCAGUUAUUGGAUAUUUGCAGAAUUUUGACCUAGAAGGAGAGUCGGGCAUUGUUGCACGAGGUAUAGGAACUGCGGUAACUCUUGUAAAAGUACACGAUGUUUUUAACUCGCCUUCGGAUAAUGCACCACUUGAAGAACAUCAAGAGGAAGCAUCAUUUAGUCCAAGUUAUCCACUUCCUUCUAUUCCUUCAUCAACGACUGCAAAAACUUUACAUUCACCUGCAACAAAAACACAUAAUAUCAUUCCUUUGCAUAGAAGAUCCAGCGAUUCCGAUUUAAGUAUUACACCAAAAGGUAAUUCUUUGGCUGGAAGCGAUAGAUCAAUGGGUGGCUUCAUGAAACAAUCGGCAGCUGUAGUAAGAACUAUGAAUCAAGAUGCAUUAGAAAUGUUGGAAUAUCCAUUUAUUACAAUGCAACAAUAUCCUCCUGGUUUUGUUGUACAUAUAGGUGGUCUGGUAAGCUCAAGAUCGGUUAAAUUAUUGGAAAGAAUAAGUAAUUUAGAAGAACCGGAAAGUCGUGAUGCAUGGUGGACAGAAAUUAGAAUGGAAGUUAGAUCGCAUGCAAGAGCAUUAGCUUGUAACGUCGUCAUAGGAUACAAAGAAGAAACUAGUAUAUGCGAUGACGUUUGUGUUUUAAAUGCAAGUGGUACAGCUGCUGUUAUAAAUCUUCAUAAUUCAAAUUCGGAUCAGGAUAAUGUUUUUGUAACUCGAUUGCAACAAGGAUUAAUAGCAGCAUCUAUAGAAUCAGAACGCGAUAAGCCCAGCCAAAAAUCAUCUGUCAAUAAAACAGAAAGAAGUGACAUUGAUCCACCUAAUCAUACGACUAAUCCCAGUGGAAGAAAUAAAUGUGCAUCUGAAAGUAAUGAUCACGAAUCAUAUGCCCAAUCUCACGGGUGCAGUCUUUGUCAUUUGCCAUAUAGUGGAAGUAAUAUACAAUUUAAAGUAAAUAUGUCUAAAUGUGCCAUAUGUAAAAGAGCUAAAGUUCCAGAUGUAAUGUUUACUACUAUAGAACUUCUUGAAAAUAUACCUAUGACUGGUAGAGGAUGCUUCAUUCAAGCAACAGUAUGUAAAAAUAAGAAAGAUUUAAGAGGCGAAUUAAAUGCCAAAGAAAUUUCCGAUUGCUUACCUUUUUUGGAAUAUGAAUUGUAUUGUUUGUUAUUGAAUAAGUUAAAAAUGAAAGGAAUGAAUGCUAUCUUUGGUUUAAAAUUACAAGUUUCCAUCGGAGAGAGAUUCAUUAUUGGAAUGGCAGUUGGAACCGCUGUUUUUCUUACAGCAUUACCUAAUCCUUCUAUUCCACAAAUUGCUGCUCAUAAUUCUUGGCACAACGAAGAGCAGUUGGUUGAAAUUCAACAAAUUCUUUCAAACACCGUUAAAAAGAAUAUCGAAUUUUAUCAAUUAAAGCCAAUAGGGGACAAUGAAACAGGGCGUGCUGUAACUACAUCCGAUACAGACGACUCGGAUGAAGAUUUACCUGAACUUGAUGUUGCAUUAGGUUCUCGAGAUGCUUGCAUAUUAGAAGUAGAUGAUCUCGAGGAUAUUGAUAGAAUAUCAUUAUUAAUAGAUGACAAACCACCCGAUGAUUUUCAUGUUGUAAAUACACAAACUAUACCUGGAUUAGAAGAUCUAGAAAUAGUUAGAAAUUUACAAAUGUUUACACAAGUAUCCAGAGCUAAAAUUCCAGCAGGUCUAUCAACAUCAAUGCCUCCAAAAUAUUUCGCUAGAUUAUUGCAGACAAUUUUCUUCAAAUUAAGGAGAAUGGUUCCUUGUGCGCUAUGUGAUAUGCAAUUUAAAGUUGCACUUCCUGAACAAGAUGAAAUACAACUUUCUGUUGUUGGUAUGGCACUUGGAUUAGGUGAACCUGUAAAAUCAAAUAAAUAUAAACGAAAAAUGGUCGUUCAUCAACAUAGUAAAGAUGAAGUGAAAAAAUCAGACGAACACGAAAUGAUAUUUAAUCUCGAGGAAGAUCACAUAGAAACAACUGCUGUAUCUGACAAUAUGCCGAAUAUUCGACCUACAAAUCCAUCUACAUUAACAGUUUUUUCUGGGCGAAAGUCAAGACCACGUUCACCAUUACGGUCAAAGAUACAUACUACGCAUAGACAUAAACAUGUGCCUUUGAAGGAAAGAUAUGGUGUAGAUAUAACACCAUUAUCGUAUUUACCAGGUGGAAGAAUUGAAAGAUAUUUAGGAAAUCUAAACUUUUUCUUUAUCAGAGAAAGCACAUCUGUAAGAGAGAAUGGUGGAUUAAGUGGAUUUACGCAUAGCUUUGUAAUGGAAAUAUUAGCUAUUGUACGUGCACAUAUAACAGCAUUAGGAGGAAAUGCGAUGGUUGCUUUUUUUAUGACACAGUGCGUUCUUCUCCAUAAUGUUCAUAAAAAUCAGGGUCAGUGUUUGAUAAAUGUUGGUGGGGAUGUAGUUUUUGUAUCAUAUUUUGCCAAUGAGAAACGAAGCGGAUCAUCUAAUUACUGACACCAACCUCCACAUUCUGCACCGCCAUAGUUACAAAGUAAAAAGAAUUUUUGAUAUUCUCUUGUUGUAGAGAUAUCUGUUACGUUUCUUAAUUGCUUAGCUUAUUUUUAUUGCUGUAGCAAAAUUACACAUAUAUAUAUAUAGCACAUACAUAUAUUUGGUUUUUUUAUACUUGAUAGAUACAAAGACAAAAUAUUUAUAGUUUUUUAGGUAUCCAUUAUUUUACUUUUUAUUAUUAUACUUAAAUAGUAUGCCCUUCAGAGAGCUGUAUUGUUAAGUAAUGCUGUUACAUAUCUCAAAAUACUCCACAAUCGCUUAAUGUAAAUAUAGUCUUAAAUCUAUCGCAGUAGUGGAUUCCUGAAGAGAUAAAUUGAUGAAAAAUAGUAUUUAUUAGUAAAAUACACAAAUAAUAUUCAAAUUAUAAGAUUCAAUAUAAAGUGCACAUUUCUCUGUAAUUUGUCUGUAAUAUUGUAUUUUGUAUUUUUAUGUAUACAUGUGUACAUUGUCAUUUUACGAUAAGCAUUUUUCUCACAAUAUCCUUUUGUAAUUUUGAAUAAGUCAACAAUGUUAGAAAAUAAUACGCUGGGUGUAAUA